AUGGAGGAAGAAAAUUUAUCAGAGUAUGGGGAAUCUGAUGAUGAUGAUAUUAAUAGCAGUGAGAGUGAGGGUGAAGGGGAGACGGUUAGAGGAAGGAAGAAAAAGAGUAGGUAUGAUCCAAAAUCUGAUGAGAAAGAGCUUGAUAUCAAGCUUGGGCUAAGAUUUGCAGAUGGGAAGGAGUGUAAGGAAGCAUUAACAAGCUGGGCAAUAGCAAAUGGGAGGUUUAUUCGGUUUAGGAGAGUAUCAAAAGACCAGUGUGAGGCUAUUUGUAAGCCUCCAUGUACCUGGAGAGUUUAUGCAUCUGUUUGUCAAAAGGAUAAGUCUUUCGUUGUGAAGUCUUUCCGUGGGGAGUGUACAUGUAAGAGGGCUACAAGGAACAAAUUACUUAGUUCCAAAUGGAUAGCCAAAAGAUAUCUGCCUGUUUUCAGAGUGAAACCAGAUUGGGACAUAGGUGAAUUGAGGAGGGAUAUAGCUAACAGGUUUGCUACUGACUGUAGCAGAGACAGGCUCUAUAAGGCAAGGAAAAUUGCUUUGACAAUGGUCAGGGGAUCAGUUGAGGAUCACUAUGCCUCCCUGAGGAGAUACAUAGCUGAAUUGAAGAGGGUAGAUGCAGAGGGCCGAUAUGAGGUUGUGGUUGAUAGUGAGGGUACCUACCUAGGGGGUAUACUUAUGUGUGUUGUUGGGAAGGACGGGAACAAUCAAAUGUUCCCUAUAGCAUGGGGAGCAGUGAGUGUUGAGAAUGAGGUUAACUGGGGUUGGUUUGUGAGGUUGCUUGUGCAAGAUUUGGAUAUAGGAAGUGGAGAAAACUACACAUUCAUAAGUGAUCAACAAAAAGGACUGAUGAAUGCUGUCAGCACUUAUGCUCCGAGGGCCGAGCACAGGAAUUGUGCUCGGCACGUAUACAUGAACUGGAAGAAGGAAAACAAAGGAGCAACACUGAAGAAUUUAUUCUGGAAGGCUGUGAGAUCAACUACGGUGCAGCAAUACAACAAGGUCCUUGAAGAGAUGAAGAGUGAAAGUAUUGGAGCUUAUCAAGAUUUCAUUGGGAGGGAGGUUGCUAAAUUCUGUAAGCCUUUCUUGUCAAGCAUUCCUAAGUCUGAUAUGGUAGAUAAUAAUAUAACUGAAACUUUCAACGGAUGGAUACUUAGUGCUAGAGGUAGACAUUUGAUACAUAUGAUGGAAGAGAUUAGGACAUCAUUGAUGGUAAGACAAGUGAAGAAACUACAUAAUAUGACUGAGUAUACUGAUAGGAUUUGCCCUAUGAUAAACAAGAAGCUUGAGAAACUAAAGUAUGAGGCUAAAAAUAUGAACCCAUUACCUGCACUGCAUGAGAAAUUUGAAGUUGAUGAUUCUGGGGAGAAGUAUGUGGUGAACAUGCCUGCAAAGACAUGUUCAUGUAGGAUGUGGGAGCUCACGGGUAUACCAUGUAAGCAUGCUGUUUGUGCCAUUAGGUAUUUGAAAGAGGAACCAAGCACCUAUGUCUGUGAUUACUACACAGUUGAUAGGUAUUUGCAGGCAUAUAAAUAUGCUUUGGAGCCUCUGAAUGGGGAGAUGUUGUGGCCACAGUGUGAGGGUGACAUUGUGAAGCCUCCACUUGUGAGAAAUAUGCCUGGGAGACCCAAGAAGAAUAGGGUUAGGGAUCCUCUUGAAGUUGAUCCCAAAGACCCUAACAGACUGAAAAGGAAAGGACUUGUGAUGACUUGUGGGAAUUGUGGUGAGAAGGGCCAUAACAAUAGGAAGUGCAAGAAGGAAAAGGUUGAGAAGACUGCAACUGAAAAGGGGAAAAGACGAAGACCAAAGAAUCCUACUGCUCCAAUAGUUGACAAGGGGAAAAGGCCCAUGCUUUCGAAGGCAGAAAAGAAGCAACUUGCAGUGGAGAAGGCAAUUGCAAUGACUGGCUGUGGAGUUUAUAUCAAUGAAGGCAGUGGCAAUCACUACUUUUGGGCACCACUUCAAAAGGGUGUUACACCCUUAAAUGAUGGAGCAGCUGGAAUGACAAGGGGCAGAGCUCGGGGUGGUGCACGAGGCAGACCUCGGGGAAGUGCAAGGAGCAAGGCUCGUGGAGGUGGAAGUGGCCAAGGGUCGGGGAGUUCAGUGAUAGAAGGGCAGGCAACAUAA